AUACCUUUUUCGGACAGCCCUCCAAUUCCAUAAAUACCGCAGGCACGCUUUCAAACUGGUUGAAUGACGUUCUAUUACAAUAAUGAAUUUUUUCAAAUCAGCCAAGGAGAAGGAAGCCUUUGGCGAUGAUUCCGACAGCGAAUCGCAGGUCCAUCUUGAUUCCAGCGACUUCAAGCGGUCCGAUGUCUUGCUGUGUGGUACCCACGGCAACGUUUAUGCAAUUCGUAAGGAAGACGGUCAUCGUCUGUGGCGUGCUAAAAUUCGAAACUCGGCCGUUGCCAGCGUUAUCGCCUUGUUCGUGACCGACACCGAUAAGGUACUGGCCGCUGGGGGCGGAAGAACGGUGUGUCUUGACCUGUAUACCGGCACCGCCUUGUGGGUAAACAAAAUGUCUGGAUUUGGAUUGGAAGAAGUGUCGAUUUUGAGCACACCGAGUCGUAUCCUGGCGCCAAAACCUAUCACGGCCGAUCAUGCGGACAAUCUUCCGGCGUAUGAGGAAAAGCAGAAUAUAGGCAGAUCGGUGGCGAUUGCGUGUGCUCGAGGAAAAUGCAUGGCGAUGAAUCUGGAGACGGGCGAGGAACUGUGGCGAUACAACUGUCCUGGUGGAGGCUACAGCAUUCCUGUGGCACUGAUAGAAACAGGCGACAGUGGUGACAAGGCGGUGUAUGUCGGGUGCGGACGAUAUGUGUACUGCCUGGACAUCGCCACGGGGGAGGUCAAAUGGUCCAGCAAGAUCUGUAAUACCAAACUUGGUUACGGCUAUAUGACGCUUGCCACCCCAUGGAAUUCCAGGUUAGCCGCUGAAGCUCACACUGGAUUCUCUAAUCAACCAACAGCCCAGGCGGCGGAUCUGGCUCGCCAGCGUGCAGCUUCUUCAUAGUCAUCCUGAAUCAUCCACUACAUAGGCUAAUUCAUAUUUUGUUUUUGUAUCAUUUAUCUCAAUGAUCCAUCAAUAUCAAACAUAUCAUGUGUGCUCUUAUUUCGUAUCAGCAAUUUACGGGAUCCGCAACCCUUCUGUACUUUCUGUUCCAUGAGGUG